UGCUGUUAAACAACUCCAAAGCAUUGACAAUAACAAUUUCCGCAGGAAUUUAGUUCAGCAUAGUUUUAAAAAAUUUUGCGUUACUGUUCCAACAAUCUGUCAAAAGACAAAAGUUACAGUGUGAUAGCUUUUUGCAAUUUACUGGUGGACACUUUCUAGACUUAGUACCAACAACAUCUUUGAAGAAAAGUGCUGCGAGUAAAUGCACAAUUUGCUCCAAGAAAAAAAAUUUGCUGUGAAUGCCGCUAUCAAUGUGCUGAAUGUGAUGUUGGAUUAUGUGUUCAAUCAUAUUUCAGAAUAUAUCAUACAAAAUGGAAACUACUGAGGUGGUAAAUGCUUCUAUAGAAGAAACAGAUAAAGAAGCUGUAAUAGAAGAAAUAGAGAAGGAAUCUAUAAUAAAAGAAAGAGAUAAGGAAGCUGUAAUAGAAGAAACAGAUAAGGAACUUGUAAUAGAAGAAAUAGAUAAGAAAGCUAAAUUAGAAGAAGCAGAUAAGGAAGUUAAAAUAGAAGAAACAGAUAAGAAGGCUAUAAUAGCAUAUGUUCAGCUGCCAGAGAAAAUCAUUAACUCAUGUGCAGCAAAAUUAGAAGAUGAUGAGUUACAUAGUGGUGUUGCUGAAGUUUUGUUGGAAGAUACAAAUUAUGCAUUACGAGAUGUAGCUACGUCAGCAAUCCAGUUUAUGAGACAUGGUCGUAGACAUAAACUUCUUGCUUCAGAUUUUAAAAAAGCUUUCUCUAUUACGAGCCCAGAUUUGAUAUAUAGUGACGGUUUUUAUGACUUUGCAAGCAAUAUUAUAGAUCUGAAAAUAUUUGCAGAAGAGAUUGAGGAAUUUAAAGAAAAGGAACCACCAGUAUACUAUCAUGGUAAAUGGUUAAACAUGUGUGGUUCUAAAGAAACUACAAUUUCUUUGGAUCUUAGAAAUUAUUUUGACUUGAUUGUGAAGGCUAUUUUAGAUAAUGAUGAUGAAAUAAGUUCUUUUGCAAUAAGUGACUUAAAAAAUAAUCCCAAUAUAUUGCCACUAGUUCCAUAUUUUAUGCAUUUUCUGACCACAGGAAUUAGAAAAAUGGGUGAUGAUAUUUUACUAUUGCCGAAAUUUAUGAAAGUUACAAAUUCCCUUCUGAAAAAUCCUGCCUUAUACCUUUUUCAUGAAUCAUUUUUAGACAACCUUCUUACCUCUGUACUUAGUUGCAUUACUAGGCCUCUAGCUACAUCUCUUGGCUUCAAUAAUCACUUUGUAAUUCAAGAUAUGACUGCUUGUUUUCUGUCCAAUAUACUGAAGCAAGAUAUUGGUAAGUCUAAGAACAAACUCUACUUUAAGGUAAUUUCAAAAUUAGAAAGCAUAUUAAGGGAUAUUAAUGAACCUUUUUACUCUCACUAUGGUGCUAUUGUGGCUCUUAUUUCUUUGGGUAUUUAUUCAAUAGCAAAAACUUUACCCGCAUAUUUUUUAUCAUACUGCAAACAUUUAAGCAAUGGAUUAGCAUCGUCUGAAAAGCACGUAAGGCAUGAUGCUUAUAUGGUGCAUGGACAGUUACUUUUAGCAUGUAAAUUAUUAAUCAGACAUUGCCUAGCAAAUGAUUAUAAGUUACCUGCCUGUGUAACUGAAGUUAGUGAUCCAUUAGCUAAAACUGUAUACAUAAAAGAAAGUGUUGAACUAAAGGAAGGUGGUGAUAUUGUUUUACCAUAUUCUUUGUUUAUGGCUUUUAUUGAGUAUUUUGGUGAUUCUUUAGCUGCUUGUCUAACAGUUAUACAAGUUAAAAACACUUCAAAAUCUUCUUUGAGAUUAUUUAAUAAUAAUAUUUUUCUGGUAAAUGAAAUGGAACAUGUAAAGCAGAUUCAAGAACAUACUUUUGAAAAAGAAAAAAUUAAUAAUAAUGCUAAAACAUCUUAUGCUACAAAAUCGCAGAUUUCAACAGACACUGAUCCUCAAGAAAGCCUUGGUGUGGUUCAAGUUUCUGCUACAAAAGUAAAAAUAAUUAAAAAAAAGAGAAGUGACAAAGUUUCGUCUUUCAGAGGAAACCCUGUUGUUAGGCGUAAACCAUACAUAGUAUUAAAUUAUGGAACUGCAAGACCUCCUGAGUGUUUGAAGCAGAAACAACUUUCAACAGUACCAGUUUUAAAAACAUAUUUCAACAAAAAAUUUCAAAUCAUUGGUAAAAAGAGAAACUGUGCAUCUACAAACAGAAAAACUGCAUAUUUAGAACACUUUGGAAAUUUACAAAUUAUUUUAUAGUUUAAUGAAAAAAAUUAUGCCAUUGCUUAUCAUUUAAAUUAUUAUACUGGUACUUUUCCAUUAGUUAUAUCCCUGAUAAAGGAGCAAAAAUAUUAUUCCUGAUUUUUUUUUAUUUAUUUUGUUUUGUUUUUCAUUGCUAUACAUAUUAUUGCUGCUGGGUAAUGUUAAGAUUUAUUUGUUUACAUGCAUGGAAAAAAUAAUAUAAAAAUAUUUGUUUAUUUUACUAUAGUCUGUACAUUAUUAAUUAUGUCAUAUUUAUGUAUUAGUGCAUAUUUCAUAUUUUAAAUUUAACUUUACCUGUUUCAGAUUAAAUUAAAUUUAUUUAUUAAAAAUUUAACUAUCUUUAUAGUAUUAUGUUUGCUAAGUAAAUUAUCAGAUUUAAUCAAUUUAACUGAGCUUCGUUUGAUAACUUGAGUUAUUACAUCUGAAAAAGGGAGUCAUUUGACAGGUUUCUUUUCAACUUGCAAAUAUUAAUAGCAAAAAUUUUUCAGGAUGUAUAACUAAUGGGAAAUUUGCCAUUAUGUUUUUAUAUAGACAAAAAGUGUUAAUUUCUGUAAUUUUUAUUCCUAAUUAUUUUUUCAACUAUAAUAUUUUAUCCUUUUUAGCAUAUUUUAAUGUAAAUUUAAACUUAUGUUGAAAAUGGUUAAAAUGCUUAAGUAGGUAUUUCAUUCUUUUCUUAAAAGUUUUUUAUGUUUACAAUAUUAACUUAAUAUGUAAAUUAAACCGAAAUUUUACCUGAGUUUUGAAGUUUAAAAUAUCCUUAGUAGAAUUUUUCUUAAUUUUUUCGAGUAUUUCAUUAUGUUACAUUACAUUGCCAUGCAUUUGUCAUCCAUUUGCUCUGGCAGGUUCUGCCAGCCUACAAAACAUUGAACUACUGUGCACCAAUGACUGUCAUCCAAUAGGUUAUCAUUGAUCACAGUCUUCAAUGUCUUUUGGUUUAAUUUUGUUUUAAUGAUCUACCUAAAUUUACUGAACUGCCACAAACUGGGGAAUUAUAGAUCGUCCUGCCCCCAACACAGUGAUCAGCAUUCUCUAGGUUAUCAAUGUGCAAAUUUUCUUGAGGGACAAAGUGUGGUUAAUUUUGUUUUAAAAAUCUAUCAAAAUUUACAGCAUCAUCAAAAUUUACAACUUCACUCUGAUGACAAGUUGGACACUAAUGACAAUCAACCCAUAUGUCAUUGUGACCAACUACUUUGAUGAGCAGUGCUGUCUCUACUUUAAUGUUAUUUUAACAAUCCAUCUAAACUUAUUCCACUGCUGCCUAACGGUAAUCUGUGAGUUAACUGCCACUGGCCACCAACUUUGUAGGUCAUUCAGUAUAAUUUCAUUUUAAUGAUAUGUCUAAAUUUACUGCAUUAUUUCACAAUGAUGACCCUUUGAUAAUUAACCCUUUAACUGUCAAGUUAUUUUGAUGAUUUGGGUACACAAAUUGUCAAAUUUUUUUAUUGGAAAAACCAAAUGUAGCCGAAAUAAACAUCUCCCGAUAUAUAUUCGGGUAUGACAAUACG